UCUGAAAAAUCAACAAGAUGGCAGAAGAGGAGCAGAAGCAGCAGACCCCCUGCAAGUUUGCCUCCUGCAGUGUGGACCUCGUAGGAUAUGUUCUACCAACAGCUGAUACAGCUGUACAGUGCCCAGCAACUGCUGAACAGGGCGUGCAGGGGAAGCAGUGCUUCCUGCAAAAGCACCUGUGCAAGGCUAAGAAGGCACUGCCCAUGGAGGAGCCUGAGGUGAUGAUGAUGUACCUGCAGGACAUGACCAUCCUGCCUGCAAUGGUGGGCAGCACAGCAGGUGUCUACAAGGGUAAGACCUUUAACCAGAUGGAAUCAAGCCUGGGUUCUCAAUCACCUACACAGCCGGUCAGCAUGGGGGCCACUCCUCCCACUUCAUCCCCUUCAAGUAGCCUGCUUGGUGAAUAAAGGUACAGACUUCGAUCAAAAAAAAAAAAGUAGUUUUGCCUGGGACAUGGAGAAAACAGAACCUUUGUGCACGGCUGAUGAGAAAGUAAUAGGUGAAGCUGCUGUGGAAAACAGUACAAAGGCUCCUCAGAAAAACUCGGAGCAUAUACUCAGAAGAAUUCAAAGCAGGGUCUCAAAGAGAAAUUUGUACA